CCCAGGUACUCGGAUGAGUGCACGCCGAUCCAGGAUGUUACCCCAGUUUUCGACGAGUUCGUGCGCGUGGAGUGCACCUCCGAGGGCACGGAGGUGUACCGAGACUUCCACGGGUUCGUGCGAGCCCAGCGGCGCCCGCGCCGGAGACGGGGCCUUAGCGUGCUGCUCCUGGGCGCCGACAACCUGUCGAGGCUCAACAUGGUCCGGAGCAUGCCCCGGACGCUCGCCGCUCUGCAACGGCUCGGCGCCGUGAACAUGCUGGGCUACAACAAGGUGGACGACUACUCGUACGUGAACCUGGUGCCGCUGCUGUCCGGGCAGCCCAGCCGGGAGAUGGAGCGGCGGUGCCUGCUCGACAACUCGGUGUUCUUCGACCCCUGUCCCUGGCUGUGGAAGCGCUUCGCCCGCCAGGGCUACACCACGGCACUCAUGGAGGACGCGGCGAGGCUCGGCUUGUUCCACUUCCACAGCCCCGGCUUCGCCCGCAAGCCCGUGGACGUGGACUCCAGGCCCCUGCUGCUCGCCGCGGAGCGCGAGCUGCCCAGGUCCAGGGCCCGGGCCGGCAACACGUCCCCGGUGUGCCUCGGGCCGCGCUUCCAGAUCCAGGGCCUCUUCGACUUCGCUCUCAAGUUUGUACGCGCCAUGGUGCAGACUAGGACGCCGUUCUUCCAGUACGCCUGGGGCACCUCGCUGACGCACGACUACCUGAACCAGGCGCAGAUCGCUGACCCGGUGUACGAGCGGUUCCUGGAGGAGCUGGAGGAGACUGGAGUGCUCAACACCACAGCCCUCGUGUUCCUCAGCGACCACGGCAACCGGGUGGGGCCCAUCGUCUCGACGUACCAGGGCCACGUGGAGGACCGCCUCCCCGUGCUCAGCUUCGUGCUGCCACCCUGGAUGCACCGCCGGUACCCGGUGGCGGUCGCUAACCUGCGGCACAACGUGCGCCGCCUGGUCACCGUGAUGGACGUGCACGAGACCGUGGCGCAGCUCACCGACCUCGCGUCCCUGGAGGAGCCCCGGCUGCGCGCCGCCGCCGAGGACCUCCGCGGUCGCGUCCUGGCCGGGACACCGCCGCGCGCCGUCAGCCUGUUCCUGCCCGUGCCGGACACGCGCACCUGCGAGCAGGCCGGCGUCGUGCCGCACUUCUGCGCCUGCGUGCACCUCACACCCGUGGCCACGGACCACCCGAGCGUGGUGCAGGCCGCCCGCCUCCUGGUGGACAACAUCAACGCCGCGCUGGCGCCCCACCCGCUGUGCGCGCGCCUCGGGCUGCGGGCCGUGAGGGACGCGCGGCGCGGGGAGCCGUCCUCGCUGCUCGGCCAGCGCCAGCCCCCGGACAGGGUGCGCGAGCAGGAGUUCCUCAUCACGGUGCAAACGACGCCCGGGGACGCGCUGCUGGCCGGCACGGUGCGCCACCUGGUGGCCGAGAACGUCAUGAGGCUGGCGGGGAGGGUCACCCGCCUCAACAAGUACGGCAACACGAGCUGGUGCGCGCCGGAGCGGGCGCUCAUGCUGUACUGCUUCUGCACCGAGCCGCCAGGCGUAACGUGA